AUGGCACCUCCAGCGGUAUUGAUGGUAGGUACCGGGGAGUACACUACCGGUUUCGUCUCCGGGGCUGCCUCAACAUCAGAUAAGAAAGUGGGAGUGGUGGGCUUGACACUGUUCGACCUUCGUCGACGAGGAAAGGUUUCGGGGUUAUCGAUGGCCGGCGUGUCGGGUCGCAAAUUCCCGGCCAUCAGACAACACCUCCAGAAGAACAUCUCGGGAGCCUACAACGGACUGGACGUGUCGUUCUCGUCGUUCCCGUCCGACGACACAUCGGACCCGGAGGCGUACAAGACCGCAAUCGACGCCCUCCCCAAGGGGUCCGCCGUGACCAUCUUCACGCCGGACUCGACUCACCACGAGAUCGCAAAGUACGCCAUCGAACGGGGGAUCCACGUCAUGCUCACCAAGCCCGCCACGAAACUCCUCUCUCACCACCUCGACCUCGUGGCGCUGUCCCGGAGACACGGCGUGUUCGUGUACGUCGAGCACCACAAACGAUUCGACCCGGCGUACGCCGACGCCCGGUUCCGCGCCCGCGACCUCGGCGACUUCAACUACUUUUACAGCUACAUGUCCCAGCCCAAGUCGCAGCUCGAGACGUUCAAGGCCUGGGCCGGCCGGGAGUCGGACAUUUCUUACUACCUCAACUCCCACCACGUCGACAUUUGCGAGUGGAUGGUGAGAGACGCCGGUUGGAGACCGGCAAGUGUGCGAGCGAGCGCGAGCGUCGGAAUUUCAGAAUCCGUCGGGUGCGUCCAGGGCACCGAGGACACAAUCACCUUGCUGGUCGACUGGGUCAACAAGGGGGCCGAGAGCCACGGCGACGGAGACAUCGGGAAGCGAGCCACCGGCAUCUACACGGCAAGCUGGACGGCGCCGAUGAACGCGGGAGUGCACUCUCAGCAACACUUCCACUACAUCGCGUCCAAGGGCGAAGUGAAAGUCGACCAGGCCAAACGAGGGUACGACGUCGUGGACGAAAAUGACCACUCCGGUAGCUCCCUGAAAUGGUUCAACCCGUUUUACAUGCGGUACGCGCCGGACGAGGAAGGGAAUUUUGCCGGGCAGGGAGGAUAUGGUUAUGUGAGUUUCGAAAAGUUCAUCGACGCCGUCACGGCCGUGAAUCAAGGCCGGGUCGGCCUCGACGAGUUGGAUAGGAGGGGGUUGCCGACGUUGAGAAACACCAUCCUCACCACGGCAAUCCUCGAGGCCGGACGGAGAAGCUUAGACGAAGGUGGACGCACGGUCGAGAUUGUGGGAGAGGGUGACGAAGUCGAGUUGAAGUGAAUUGUUGUUAGCGCAUGCUGCAUGGCACGUAUUGAGAGAUGAAAAGGACGCAUCCCCCCGAACAUGGCAUACGACUACGAGGUGAAGAUUGAUGAGAUUCAUUGCCA